ACUGCGGGUCGGACUAUCCAUCACCUUUUUUUUAACGCUCAAGCCGAUGGAGCUGCUUUUAUCACCGUAGACAAUCUGGACAUGGAAUCGAAUGGAAAAUGAUUCCAGUGCGCUAAUUGCACUCAGACCGAUCUUAAUACUGAGGAACUUUUUCUGGCAUCGCUUGGAAUUUGUUCUUAUACUUAAACAGUGGCUUGAAAAGAAGGAACGGAAAAUGAGUAACAUCUAUGAGUCCGCUGCCACCACGCUAGGCCUCUUCAACAGCCCAUGUCUGACAAAAGUGGAGCUCCGUGUGGCUUGUAAAGGAAUAUCUGACCGGGAUGCUCUAUCCAAGCCUGACCCCUGCGUCGUCCUCAAGAUGCAGUCCCACGGACAGUGGUUUGAGGUGGACCGGACAGAGAUUAUUCGCAGCAGCAUCAGUCCGGUUUUCUCCAAAGUCUUCACAGUGGACUACUAUUUUGAGGAAGUGCAGCGCCUCCGUUUUGAGCUCCAUGACAUCAGUAGCAACCAUAAUGGACUUAAAGAGGCUGACUUCCUGGGUGCCAUGGAGUGUACGCUUGGACAGAUUGUAUCACAGAGAAAGCUGUCCAAAGCUUUACUAAAGCAAGGAAACACAUCUGGCAAAUCAUCUAUUACAGUCACAGCUGAAGAGCUGUCUGGGAAUGAUGACUACGUGGAGCUCGCCUUCAGUGCCAAGAAACUGGAUGACAAGGACUUUUUUAGCAAGUCGGAUCCAUUUCUGGAAAUCUUCAGAGUGAAUGAUGAUGGAACAGCAUCACUGGUGCACAGAACAGAAACCAUUAUGAACAAUCUAAGUCCUGUCUGGAAAUCAUUCAAAGUUUCUUUAAACACACUCUGCAGUGGAGACCAAGAGCGGGAGUUAAAGUGUACAGUAUGGGACUGGGAUUCUAAUGGCAAACAUGACUUCAUAGGAGAAUUUCAAACCACCUUCAAGGAGAUGAAGUCAGCCAUGGAUGGGAAGCAGGCAUCAUCACAAGAGAAACUACCAACUGAUCUUGGCCAAAAGAUCCAGUGGGAGUGUAUUAAUCCUAAGUAUCAAGUGAAGAAGAAGAACUACAGAAAUUCUGGAAUGGUAAUUCUUACCCUUUGCAAGAUCAUAAAGAUGCACUCUUUCCUGGAUUACAUCAUGGGAGGUUGUCAGAUUCAGUUCACAGUGGCGAUUGAUUUCACCGCCUCAAAUGGCGACCCUCGAAACAGCUGCUCCCUCCACUACAUUCACCCUUAUCAGCCCAAUGAGUACCUCAAAGCGCUGAUCGCUGUUGGGGAGAUCUGCCAGGACUAUGAUAGCGACAAAAUGUUUCCUGCUUUUGGGUUUGGAGCCCAAAUCCCACCAGACUUCAAAGUUUCUCAUGAUUUUGCUGUGAAUUUUGAUGAAGAUAACCCAGAAUGUGCCGGUAUUCAAGGUGUUGUUGAGGCUUAUCAGAACUGCCUCCCAAAAAUCCAGUUGUAUGGUCCCACUAAUAUCGCUCCCAUCAUCCAGAAAGUUGCUGACUCAGCCUCCGAGGAGAUGCAUACCAAAGAGGCCAUGGAAUACUUUAUACUGCUAAUCCUGACGGAUGGAGUAAUCACAGACAUGGCAGAUACACGAGAGGCCAUCGUUCACGCCUCCCACCUGCCCAUGUCCGUCAUCAUCGUCGGCAUAGGCAGUGCGGAUUUCAGCGACAUGCAGAUGCUGGACGGUGAUGAUGGAAUCCUCCGCUCUCCUAAAGGAGAACCCGUCCUGAGGGACAUUGUGCAAUUUGUGCCAUUCCGCAACUUCAAACAUGCCUCUCCUGCAGCGCUGGCUAAAAGUGUGCUGGCUGAGGUUCCCAAUCAAGUGGUGGAUUACUACAAUGGUAAAGGCAUCAAGCCCAAAUGCCUGUCGGACUAUGAGUCUUCCAGGGCAUUCAGUCCCUGAGCUACGCACAGCCAUAUGAGCAGCGACAGAGUCUCAGCUUCAAGAUAUCGACAUUGAUCAUUUCAGAGCUUGCUGCAUCAGUAUAGGUAUCCACAAGCAGGUCCAUCUUUGUUGUUGUUGUUGUUGUUUAUUUCACUCAGGUUUUCAAUAGCAUUGGGCAAAAAUGUCCACUACUGUUCAGUUCUUCUUAGGCAGAUGUUAGUGAAAUUAAAGGUUCACUCAGUCUUUUUUUUUUCUUUGGUUUGCCCGGCGAAUAUGGCAGUUGUCUAGGACUUCAAGUCACCAUGAAAUCAAAGUCGACAGUUCUUGUUUUGUUUUUUGUUAUGGAACAUUGUCAUGUUUACUCUAAACGAUUUAUUUGUGCACAUCAUUUUUUAAUUCACGUGCCCUCUUAAUUUCCCUUCCCUACCGCCAAAACAUCUCUUCUAUGAAUACCUCUCUUACAGCAAACUUUCACUCACAUGUGAUCACAGCAAUUUGCAAACUCCAUUGAUCCAAUCAAUUCCCAAUGAAUACAAUUAAGUUCUGACCUACAUGUUAUUGAGGGGUUUUAAAGGGAAGGGGGUU